AUGUUUCUCAUAUCGUCUAUUCAGGGUAGUACUCAACGGGACCCUAUUCGCCGCCCCCUUGGCCCUGCCGUGCAAUGGUAUGAUUGCCUUCAAGCCAUGGUAGACCGGGAAAUGACCGCCAUCAUCGAGAGAUGCAGGCCCAAGGCAGAAUCUCUUCGGGUCACUCCUGAACCUACGACCACCCUGUCUGCCCAUUCACGCGAAGCACCUCCUUCUGCUGAACCCUCACUCUCAGCCCAAGCUCCAACCACCACACUCUCGAACGACAAGACUAAUUGCUCAACGGUUCCCACCUCCAACCCAUCGCUGGAUAUAAGCAGAUUAUCCAACGGUGAAUGCGCUUCAAGUUUGCGGCGCCUGUGCCCAUGCUGCUUUGGUGGAUGUACGUUUGGCCGUUCAUUCGAUGAUGGUGGAGACAUACACGUCGCGUUGGAUGGAAAUCUACACCAUCGCCAACUAGCGUCUGCGGGGGAGGGUAUAGCCUUCUAUGAUUCCGAGUAUUUCCUCCCGAAGUCGUAUGUCGAUGAUGUGGGAGAACGUAUCACAGCCGCUCGCCGAAAGCCACCGAAGCCUCGCAACCCAAUGGUUCCAGACGAAUUGAUUGACCAGUGUCGGGAGUCAUACUAUGCUGCAAAGGGAGAGUCCAAGCAUGCAGCAUCGGGGAUCUUUCGUGAGCGCGGGCUAAUGGGUCUUGUUUGUCGACACGAUGUACCCUUAUUUGUGGCUUCUAUCGACACCCCUGGCGAGCAGCAGAAGUACGCUGUGGCUCUCCUUGAAAGGCUUUUCUCUCUCGUACCCGAAUCUGCAACCGUAGUCGCACUGUAUGACAUUGGGUGUGUCCUGGAUAGAAGUAGGAGUACCUAUGGCCUACUUUCAGAGGAACAUUCUUCUAGGCUGGUCCUAGCAACAAGUGUACUGCAUGCGUAUGGCCACCAAUGGCCAUGCCAGCUCAAGUACAACCCGCGUUUACGACCAGGACUAGGUUUGACUGAUGGAGAAGGGACUGAGAGGUUAUGGGCAGCGCUACGAAAGUUGAUAGGUCCGGAACGGCAGUCUUCGGCUGCUCGUCGCAAAUGGCUCCUUGAUCGAGCACUACAACAUCUCGCUGAAGAUAGACGGCAGGAACUCGGGUCAUGGAUGACCUCCAAACUCCACAACAAUGUCCAGCUCAAAGUGGCCGAGGCCGAGAAGACGCUGGCAAAACUUCAAAUCCCCUUGACAGAGCUCCAGGCUCAGUGGCGACAGCAGCAGGAGGCGCAGACCUCAGUUCGUUCUCAUGCCCCUCUUCGGCUGAAACGGGAGCUGGGGAAGGUGCUUCAGCUUCAAUCGGAGGUUGAUGCACUUGAGGAAACGAUCAAUGCGACAAAAUACGCAAUAAAACACUUACCAUUCUGCUCUACCAGUGCGUUAGCCACUCUCCCCUUGCUUGAGAGUGCCCAUAGCACACUCCGAGCAAGGGCAGAGGACCUUUACCUUUCUCUCAACAUUUCAGAAGAAUUCCCAGAGCUCAAGAACAUUCCGUUCGAAUAUCUACAGCUCUUACUUCUCGCACGCGACCUCAAGAUCAACAUUCGAAAACGGUGUAUUGGCAGCUUCUUCGAAUUUGACAAAUUAGACCGCGCUGUCGGUGGUCGUGACUUUGCUCUCGGAACCAAGGCUCACCAACUCACACGAAAGUCGAUUUCUAAGCGGGCGCCGGCGCUGCAGAGCGCAAUCAAGAAGUACAAUGAAUAUUGUGAUAAGUUAAAGAAGCUACACCAACAGGCGUACGUAGUACCCAUCCCAAAACCACUUCCGACCAACCUGGCAGCGCUACGUGAUCCGGAAUCCUCAUCCCUGUGGGAGGAUGUGUGGAUUGCUCGGUCAGACGAUGAUGUCGCCCCACGAUGGCUCGUCGACAAGUCUGUUCGCUCAGGUAUACGGGCGAUGUUGACCCUUGAUCGAUGUCGAGAGGAAAGGUCGCGGCUUCAGCUUGAGGCUGACAAUAUGUGUCACUGGUACAGCCAAGAGAUGAUGGGCAUCAAGAAGGCCCUCUCUUCCCUUCAGUAUAUGAAGUAUGAGACAUUAUUCACCCUAAUACUGCAAGAACAUUUACAGCUCGCCCUCCGAUGGGCUAAUCCUUUUCUAGCACUCUCGCGACUCAUUGAGGACUCUCAGCGUAUCCCCACAACACCCAUGGUCGAUACUCCUGGUUCCUUUCCGCCUCCUUCAUCUCCACCGUCAUCAGAUGAUAAUACACUUGUCGGAGGUGAUGUAGAUGACUUGGACCUCGGGGAGGCGUUUCAAAGUACGCUCGACGUCUCAAUGGGAGACCAUUAUUUGAUGGAGGUAUUGGACGAUGCUAGCGAGGGCGAGGAGGAAGAGGUGUCAUUGGGGGAUCCGGGUGUGGACGGCAUAGGUGAAGAUCUUCAGUCAACGGCCGACGUAGUGGAUGACAGGGAGGUUGUGGGUGCCGGUGAGAAUUCUAUGGAUGGAACCAAGGCAACCAAGACGUUGGCGGUUGUGACAGAAACUUCAGGCGACGAUGCUAUACGACUACGGCUUGUAUGGGAAGUGCCGUCGGACCUUCCCAUCGACUCGAACCUACUAGCUCUCAUCAAGACCUUUCCACAUUGGCCAGUAGAAGGUGGACAGAUGUCAAAGCGGCAAGUAAUCAACCGUGUUUCAGGGUUCCAACAUGUUUUCCAAGCCGACGAGCUGGCUCGUCUCGACGGUAGCACCCAACGACUCAGUGGAGACUGCAUAAAUGGGUGUUCAGCUCUACUUCAAGAUCUGCUCUCCAGAGAUCUAGCGGCCUGUGGUACCUCACUAGGUACACCUCAUACAGCACAACGGGUAGCGGUUUUCUCAACCUACCUCAUCCAGAAAAUUUUCGAUGAACGCGGGAAUGCUGGCCUUUGGCGGUUCUCGAAGGUCACGAAAUACUGGUCGGCUCCGAUAUGGAUCCUACCCCUCCAUGACAAGGAUAUGGAGCACUGGCUACUUGCUGUUGUCGAAGUACAAUCACAUCGUGUACAGCUGUUUGAUAGUUUGGGAUCUCGUAGUACUUGGGACAGCUGGCUUCCGAAGAUUAAUCACGUAGUUUCUCGCCUGAUUGCUGCCGCCCGUGAGCAUGGGCACCCCUUCUCCAUCCCGAUGAGCAACUGGAUUGCGCAACCAGUAACGCUUCAACGUCUACAGUCAAACGGGUAUGACUGUGGGGUGUGGAUUUUGUAUGUUAUGACAGCGGUACUCCGUGGGGCGAUGAUACCGAACACUACAGAGGAGGAGAUCGCUACCUUUCGGUCAUUACUUGCACGCCUGAUUCGUUAUCUCCCUCCAUAUGUUUAG